AUGUCGUUGGGUGAUCUAGUUUUACAAAAUAGUCUACAAAUACAAACCAAACCAUCAAGCAGGGCAUUUCCUGAUGCGGAAGAAGUUUCUUCUCAUUUUGUAUUCACGGUUCAACCAUAUUGCCUAACAUAUGGUUACUUCCGCCUUCCUAAAAAAUUUGCACUGGCAAAUGGUUUCACGAAGACAUGUGAUUUGGUUAUACGAGAUGAAAGACAAAGAUCGUGGAAUUUAAGGCUAACUGCCUACGGUUCUGAAGUCUAUAUAUUAGGUGGCUGGAAAGAAUUCCGUGUUGCAAAUGGCCUAAAGGUGGGAGAUUGUAGAAUGUUUGAAGUUGUUGGUAAAGGAGAAAAAACAAUAUGGAAAUUUCAUGACAAACCGAGCCCCAACAUCAAGUCAUCGAACAAGUCAUUUCUCUAUGCUGAAGCAGCUAGUCCGAAGCCAUUUGGUUAUUCUCAUUUUGUAUGCACUAUUAGACCUUACUGCCUUUCACAUGAUUUCUUGCGCAUUCCUAAAAAAUUUGCACAUACAAAUGGUCUCAUCAACAAGAAACGUGAUUUGAUUGUUAGAGAUGAAAGACAAAGGUCAUGGGAUUUAAGGUUAUGUUAUUUUGGAACUUCUGUAUGUAUUAAAGGCGGAUGGCAUGAAUUCCGUGAUACAAAUUGCUUAAAGGAGGGGGAUCGUGUGAUGUUUGAGGUUGUUACUAAUGGAGAGAAACCAAUAUGGCAAUUUCAUGGCAAGAAAAUUCUGGAGAAAAUGCAAGAAUCAUUCAAGGGAUUGGCUGAACAAUGAAGAGCAAUUGAACUUGAGAUAUUUUAUGCAUCGGAUCGAUAAAUACUCCUUGUAAUGAAGUAAGUCGUUCGUGGGAGCUUUGGAACCAUAAGUACAGUGUUCCUGUGUAGCGGGAAAAGAAGUUGUAUGUGAAAUAGUACUAAGAUGAAAGUGCUAAUUUUUGGGGCAUUGGAUAGACAAAGGGUGUCUGCACCCCUUUCCCGGAUCAUACGUGAAUGUGAAUGUGAGAUGUUUUAUGCAUCGAAACGAUAAGGGUUUGAUAUGUUCAUGUAUAUUGACUAACUAGCUUGUUAAUAUCUCCUGGAAUGCUAACAUCACUUUGCUGCUUCAUCUAUUUGAAAAUUUUGAAAACGUUCUUUUUUCAUGUUGUUAUGAUUUCAUCCACUUUUC